AUGGUUUAUUCUUCCUUUGGAUCCGCUUUGGCUGCAUUGAGCCUCGCGUUUUCCGCCUCAGCUAUCUCUACCGAACUUGUCAUCGUCAAUGCAGAGGUAUCUCCUGACGGGUUCGCUCGACAGGGCGUGCUAGCCAACGGCACGUUCCCUGGACCAAUUAUCAAGGGUCAUAAGGGAGAUAACUUCCACAUCAAUGUGAAGAACUACCUCACGAAUGCUACGAUGGACACGUCAACUACCGUUCAUGGGUACGCAAUGUCCCAUCCCUCCGGCGACUCCUUCGAGUACAAGUUCAAGGUCCCCGAUCAAGCAGGUACCUUCUGGUAUCACAGUCAUGAGGGUUUGCAAUAUUGCGACGGGCUGCGCGGGCCUUUGAUUGUGUACGAUCCGCACGAUCCACACAAGCAUCUCUACGACGUGACGAUGAAACGACUGUCAUCACGCUCGCUGAUUGGUAUCAUCUGCCUGCAGUCGACCUGCCCGUCCCAGCGGAUCCGAGCUCGAUCCUUAUCAACGGUCUCGCCCGUCUACCGGGAGAAAACACCCCGGUCUCCGUAUGAGGUCGAGCAGGGCAAACGAUACCGCUUCCGGCUAAUCUCCACUUCGUGCCAUCCGUACUUCAACUUCACUAUCGAUGACCACGACAACUUCACCAUCAUCGAGGCAGACGGCGAGAACACGGAACCGCUACCGGGUAUUGACCAGAUUCAGAUCCACGCCGCACAGCGCUACUCCUUUGUCCUGGAAGCGAACCAGCCCAACGCGAGUUACUGGAUCCGUGCUACUCCAGAGAAGAUCGUCAACGGCACCCCCACUGGUUUCGCCAUCCUGCGGUACCGCGGUGCGAAUGGUUCGGAGCCGACUGGGAACACUACCAUCACUCCCCCGCCGAAGAACCCUCUGUUGGAACCCAACCUGCGGGCGUAUAACGCUCGCGUCCCGGCACUUGAUCCCGAAUGUGAAGACUGCGAUAUUAGCCUGAACUUCUCAUUCAUCCUCAGCGGAACGUACAACGCACACGACCUCAUGCCCAAAAAUAGUGUUCAGCCCUUGCCCUUGAACAAGACGGUACAGAUCACCAUGCACGGAGGCCCUGUUGGCGGACCGCACCCCCUCCAUCUGCACGGACAUUCGUUCUUCGUUAUCCAGAGUGCUGGUAGCAACGUCACGAACUAUGUCAACCCCGUUUUCCGGGACGUGGUCAGCAUUGGGACCAGCGCGGCCGACAAGGUCAUCAUACGCUUCACCACUGACAACCCGGGUCCCUGGAUCAUGCAUUGCCAUAUCGACUUCCACUUGGCGGCCGGCUUUGCGCUCGUCAUGGCGGAGGCUCCUAAGGAGGUUGCUGGAUAUAUCGCUCCCGUCCCUCCCGCGUGGAGCGAACUGUGCCCUGGGUACGAAGAAUCCCGCCCGACGCCCUCGCUGAUAGUCCAACAACUCUACCCCUACACUCCGAUGUAG